AUGAAGUUCAUCACAGCAGCAGCAGCAGUGCUGGGCAUGGCGCCCUUCGUGCUGGGCAAGGCGGUCCACAACGUCUAUCCAGUCCGCCGAAACAGCCAUCUAUCCGGUGGUGGUGGUCCUGGCGGUAAGAACAGCGUCCAGGCCUCCGAAGCGCAGCUCGCCGAGCUAGCCCGCCUCAUCGGCGUGAACCGCGGUUCCGGCACCUCCAUCAACUUCCUCUGGGUCAACAUCGGUGGCGGCGCCGCAACCACCGUCAUCAACGCGGCCUCCACCGUCACCGUCACCCAGACCGUGAACGCCGGCGGCGCGGGCGGAGACGCAGCCGCCACGGCCCCGCCAGCCGUCGCAACAAGCGAUGCCGCGGGCGCUGCGACCACCACCGUAGCCGGCGGCGCCACGGCCACGGCGGGCGGUGCGGGCGGUGCCACGCACAGCGUCACGGUCGGUGGGCCGCAGGGUCUGUCUUUCAACCCGCAGCAGUUGACCGCGGCGAUUGGUGAUACCGUUAUCUUCACUUUCCUCAGCCAGAACCACACUGCUACGCAGUCGGCGUUUGAUAAGCCGUGUGCGGCUCUCGCUGGUGGUAUGGACUCUGGGUUCCAGGCCAAUGCGAACAAUACUGUCAACCCCCCGCCGCAGGUCGCUAUGCAGAUCAUGGUUGAUACCCCGCUGUGGUUCUACUGCCGUCAAGCCGGCCACUGCGGCAAGGGCAUGGUCCUAUCCAUCAACCCGACCGCCGCCAAAACCCACGCCCAAUUCCAAGCCAUGGCCAUCCAACAAGCCGGCCAAGGCUCCGGCGGCGCCAUCACCGGCAACGGCGGUAACGCCGGAGCCGGAGCCGGUGGUGCCAAUGCCAGCGCUUCCGCUUCCGCUUCCGCAGUCGACACCGCCACCGCGGGUGCUGGCGGUGCGGGUGCGACCGCAACGGGCUUGAUCGCUGCUGAUGGGUCGUGCUUGUGUGCUGUGCAGUGCAGUUUUGGGGGGUUUCCGAAUCAGGCGAUGCAGGGACGGGAUAGUUUUGGUGGGGCUGGCGGUGCCAUCCCUAUGGCUAUGGUCCAGGCUGCUGUUCCCGCCCGUCGGGCAUGA